AGCUGUCAAAAUUUCUUGCCAUUAUCAAUUUCGGAUUGCACAAGAAAUAUUCUGUGAAAAUUGGAAAAUUUUGUAGUGUUCAAAAAAGCCCAAAGGUCAAACAAGUCCUAAUAUUGGUCAGUAGAACUUAAGGAAUAGCGAACAAAAUGUCAACGAAGAGUAUUUCACUAUUCACACGUACAAAUCGCUUUAUGGCUGCAUGGAGGAACCAAAACGUGACGUCCACGACUAGUCGAUCCUUGCGCCACUAUAGUUCGGAAAAUUCGGCACAAAAACCUCAACAAUCGGAUACUGAAGGUUCAAGUGGCCAAUUGGAAAAUGCUGUUGCCGAGGCGACAAAGAAGCUUACACAAGAAAUUGAGCAACUCAGGAAGGAAGUGAAUGAAUUGAAGGAAAAGAAUGAUGAUCUGACUGACAAGUACAAACGUUCAUUGGCUGACAGUGAAAAUCUGCGUACACGCCUCACUAAACAGAUAGCGGAUGCAAAAAUUUUUGGUAUACAAAGCUUUUGCAAAGAUUUGCUCGAGGUGGCGGAUACGCUGGGGCAUGCCACUGAGGCAGUGCCGAAAGAACAGGUCAACGACAAUAAUCCACAUUUGAAGAAUCUGUAUGAAGGUUUGGUGAUGACCAAAGCUUCACUUUUACAAGUGUUCAAACGUCAUGGUCUUGAACCUUUCAAUCCACUCAACGAAAAAUUCAAUCCAAAUAUGCAUGAAGCGCUUUUUGAAAAGGAUGAACCUGAUGUAGAACCCAGUACUGUCGUGGUAGUUACCAAAUUAGGCUACAAAUUGCACGAACGCUGUAUACGACCUGCGCUGGUAGGUGUUUCGAAGUCAUGAGUUCGCUACUAGUAAGACGAUAAAAAUUUGAAUAAUAUUGAAAAGCAGCUUUUCAACACUUGUGCAGCUGUUGAAUCCUGAUAUGUAGUAAACUCGUUUUUAUAAUUUAUCUUUUGCUUAGUGUGAGAACAAAUCUAUUAGCAACUACCUUUAAAUACUCGUGGAUUUGUUCAUUCCUAAAGACCUAAUUUUGCAUCGUAUUACGAAGGGUAUAUACAUAUACAUGUUAAAUAGCAAAGCAACCAAAAGGUAACAAUAUACCAAACUGUUGCCAAUAAUUCUUAUAACGUUUAUACAUUACAGAUAAUGUAAUGCAUAAGUUCCUUGAAUAAUAUUUUUCUCACAACUAUG